AUGGGUACCGACGGUCAAAUCAUCCGUGUUCUUCAGAAAUUGGACCCUUCUACUACUCACAAUUUUAUCGCGCCCGUCAAAAAAAUUCACGAGGGUCAAGAUGUGUCAACCUUCCUCACCUCCAAAGCCUACGCGGACAUUAUGACCUUUUUGCUCCAGUUAAACCGGUCAAUGUUCCCAACGAAACUUCCCGACGGUACAGUACAAACGUGGCAAUUAGGUACAGAGGAUGUUCAAUUCUCUGCUCCGGUUCGACAGCUACAGGGUCUUCUUUCGAAACUCGAGGAUAUUAUACAGGAGGUUCCCCCAGACACUGGGCCGAGGCGAUUUGGAAAUAUCAGCUUCAGAAGGUGGCAAGAAGUGUUGGUGAGCCGAGCGUCUGACCUACUCCGGGAGUUCUUGCCCGCAGAGCUCUUAGAUACGCCAUCUUCCACAGCCGAUGGUCCUACCGCCGAGUCGGAGUUGAAGGCAUAUUUCCUGGGCAGCUGGGGUAGUGGUCAGAGAUUGGACUAUGGGACUGGUCAUGAGCUGAGCUUUCUUGCGUUUCUGGGCGCGAUUUGGAAGUUGAAUGGGUUUCCCAACGCCGACCCUGGAGUCGAGGAGCGGUCUAUCGUGCUUGGUGUGAUUGAACCAUAUCUGGAACUUAUCAGACACUUGAUUAAAACAUAUUCCCUUGAACCCGCUGGCUCUCACGGAGUCUGGGGACUUGACGAUCACUCAUUCAUUCCAUAUGUCCUGGGGUCAGCCCAGUUCUCACCUGCCAUCGACGAAUCCGAUCUGACCCCCGAAGAAGGCUCAUUACCCGAUGCACCUGACCCGGCUGGAGUUAUCAAAUCCAACAUCGUGGAACGGGAGAGGAAAACAAACUUAUAUUUCUCGGCCAUUGGCUUCAUCUAUGAUGUCAAAAAAGGUCCAUUCUGGGAACAUAGCCCAAUGCUUUAUGAUAUCUCGGGUAUCAGAGCCGGCUGGGGAAAGAUAAAUAAAGGAAUGGUUAAGAUGUACAACGCAGAGGUCCUAUCCAAGUUUCCGGUUGUGCAGCAUUUCCCCUUCGGAUCUCUAUUCAGCUUUGACCAUGAUCCAAACGCUAUUCCACCCCCAACGACUAUCCAUGCAACCUCCGGACCCCAGGGACGCCCGGUCGUUCCUGACGCUGGCCAUGCUCCCGCCGCUCGGCCGACUAUGGACGCAGGAACCAAGGCACCUUGGGCCAAUGCGGGAGCUAGCACUCGCGCACCUCCGAUGGGGCCAACAGCAGCGCCGUGGGCUACAACAAGGUCGAGCUCGGCGUCGACCACAGUGCUUCCAGAUACUCCGCGAAUGCCUCCAGGACCCAUGGCCCCUACAAGAGCUCCUUGGGCAGACGCGCAGGCCACGCCUCCACCCGGCGGCGAUGCACCUAUCAAGGCCCCAUGGGCCAAGUAA